AAUUCAAAUCCGCCAAUGAGAAGCGAGCAGCUGUUGGCGUGCGCGCGCGUACCGUUCCUCUCUCUCUCAGAGGCACUUGACGAGUUGCGCAACGCGGUCGCGAGGCUACGGAAUAGCGAGAAUUUUGGCGCCAACGAGGCAAGCGACGAGGUAUAUUGGCGAUCGGCGAGAAACAGCGGCAGAAUGCCACCACGGAGACCGACGAAGCGAACGGCCGAGGAGCCCACGCAAGCGGACAAGGCGCCAAAGCAGGUGAAGAAGAAGCAAGGAUUAUGCGUGAAACCUGACUUGCGUUCGCUCCCGAUCGGCGGCGUUAUGCUCGUGUUCGGACAAGGUGAUUUUGGACAGCUCGGCCUGGGGGAGGAUGUAACUGAGAAAAUGCGUCCCGCGGCCAUAUCCGAUUACCCGGACAUUGUAGCCGUAGCAGCCGGCGCCAUGCACAAUGUAUGCUUGAGGAAGAUGGGAGAGGUAUUGACUUUUGGAUGCAACGACGAGGGAGCGCUCGGGCGAGACACCAGCAAAGAAGGCUCCGAGACGGUGCCAGGCGUCAUUCAAUUACCUGGCAAGGCUAUUCAGGUCACUGCAGGAGAUUCGCACACCGCCGCAUUGUUGGAGGAUGGCCGGGUAUUCGCCUGGGGCACAUUUAGGGAUACGCACGGUUCAAUGGGACUAACGUUGAAGGGAAACGAGCCAUUUCCUGUCGAGAUGUUACCCAAAGUUAAAGUCGUCAAGAUAGCAUCGGGUAACGAUCAUUUAGUGUUACUUAGUGAAAACGGACGUGUAUAUACCUGCGGACGCGGUGAACAAGGACAACUGGGACGAGUAGCUGCUCGCACAGCUAGUAGAAAUACACGACAAGGAAUAGGCCUGCUACUCACUCCCGGCGUAGUUGAAUUUAAAAUCAGGAAGAAGUUGUAUUUUGAUGAUAUAUGGGCGGGAAACUUUUGCACUUUUGCCAAGGAGCACGAGAAAGGAGACAUAUAUGUGUUUGGCUUGAACAAUUUCCAUCAAAUUGGUUUAAAGGACAAUGAUAUCCACUUUCAUCCACAAGUGUCAAAGACCUUCAACGGCAAAGUAUGGAGACAUAUCAGCAGCGGAGAACAUCAUACCAUCGCCCUGGACGAUGCGGGACAGGUAUUUGUGAUGGGUCGCAAGGAGUAUGGUCGCCUCGGCCUCGGACCCAAUUGCUCAGACGCGGAAGAACUCGCGUUAGUUCCUGCUCUAAGCUCUACCAAAUGCGUUGACGUAGGCGCAGGUAGCAGAGAAUCUUUUGCCGUUACAGAAUCUGGUGAUUUGUAUUCGUGGGGUAUGGGAACCAAUGGAAAUCUCGGAACGGGGGAUGUGAAAGACGUCGAGGAGCCUGCAUUAGUGAAGGGAAAGCAGUUGGAGGGUAAGACGGUGGUACGAGUCAGCGGCGGCGGUCAGCACACUUUGGCUUUGGCAACGAUUCGUCCGGUGAAAGAUAAAACUGCUGGUUAAUAUUAUUCAACAUUGUAGACAUUGCGUAUGUGAUAGAAAUUUAGACAUGAAUGAGUCAUUCUCAACAUUCGCGAUGUUACCUUGCCAAACGCAAGUAUAAGAAAUCCUUCCGUUAAGGUUCCAAUUUUGUUCCGAAUCCACAACACUUGAAUUUGUAUAUAUACAUAUAUUCUGUUAGAUUGUCACAAAUUAAUUCAUUAUGCUUACAAUAAUUAAUAUAUUGUGUUCUUGUUAGCAUUACCACCUAUUAUGUAUCACCAGAACAGGCAUUUUUCUACCUGCAAACGAUUGUGUCUAAAAGUAUACGUGAAAAACAAAUACUUUAAACGGACAAGAAAUUAUAUUUUCAAUGAUGAAUAAAAGUUGUUAAAUGUCA